AUGUUUUCCGUCACUCACCGAAAAGAUACCGAGUGGGAUUACAGCGUAGUGUGGCAUGCGAUCAAGGGCAAUCACUUUGCGUUAGCUCAAUGGUUGUUCGAAAGAGUCAUACCGUCCAAUCCGAGCUUUAAUCGCUGGGCUGCAUUUGCAGCCAGGAACGGAAAUCUGGACCUGAUCAAGUGGAUCUCGAGUCUGUCAGAGGAAAUCGACUUGCAUGGAGCAAUGUAA